AAAAUAAAAGCAGUAGUUUUGAGUCGCUUACCGCACACUGCUUUCUUUUACUUCUUAUUUUCCCUCUCCCUCAGACAGACAGACAGACAGACUGGGUGCAAGGAUGUGUGUCCUGAAGUCCGCGCUCGCGCUGGCCUGCCUCGCUGUGUUGGUGUACGAGGGCGCGAGCUCACCGGCCGACAGAUGCGGGGUACUGGGGCAGUGUGUGCAGGUGAACUCCAGUAGGAGCGCUGAUUCUGUGACCGUGUCUCUGUACUAUGAGUCUCUGUGUCCCGGCUGUCGGCAGUUCCUGGCGUUGCAGCUCUUGCCGACCUUCAUCAUGCUGAAUGAGAUCAUGAAUGUGGAGCUCGUCCCGUACGGCAAUGCUCAGGAGCAGAAGGUUGGAGAGAAGUACCAGUUCACUUGUCAGCACGGACCAGACGAGUGUCUGGGCAACAUGAUCGAGACGUGUGUGCUGAAUAAGCUAAAGGGUGGUGCUCAGUAUGCAGUGAUUUACUGCAUGGAAGCGGCCGCGGACGUGGUGAAGGCGGCGGAAUCUUGUCUCGCCCUGUUCAGCCCAGAAACGCGCUUCGGUGACAUCAUGGCAUGUGCGAACGGUGACGAGGGAAACCAGUUAAUGCACCAGAACGCCAAGAAAACUGCCGCUUUACAGCCACCGCAUCAAUACGUGCCGUGGAUCACCGUCAACGGAGAGCACACCGAUGACCUGCAGCAGAAAGCAAUGGGCUCACUCUUCCAACUCGUCUGCAGUCUGUACAAGGGUCAGGCCCCGGCAGCGUGCACUCUCGGACAGAAGGUGGUAAAGACAAGUUACUGCUGAAGAAGUUUAAAUCUGACUGUAAUCCUGAAUCAUUAAAUCAUCAAAUGAUGAAUGUAACGCAGUGGUGAUUUUUAUACACGCUGUUCACUGUGCGAGUGUGAACACUAGAGUGAAUGACUGACUUUAAUAAAACAGUUUUUUAAACAUCA